AUGUGCCAAUCGAUCUAUUAAAUAAAACAAUGUAACUGUUUGAGGCUGCUCACGCCAUAUGUCUGGUCCACUCGUGUGGAAUAAAUGAGUCUGCUGCAGUCCCAUAUGCUGAUGCUUGCUUCCUGCAUCAGCUACGUCAUUCGCCUUUCAGCAGUAUAAAAGCAACGGAGUUGGUAUUGUUCUAGUUUGUGUUCUGUUAUUGUUGUUCAGAAGUCAAGAAUGGUUCAGCUAUCUAAAUCUGAAAUGAGAGAGAGUCUUGAAUUGAAGGCUGGCCAUCCUCCAGCAGUGAAGGCUGGGGGGAAACGAGUGGCCAAGAAGAGCUAUGAGGAGAGUCAUGCCACCCACCAUGUGAACCCAGAGAGGGAACACAAGGUUCCCAAACCCAGAUCUGCAGCCACCUCCAGCCGAAUGCAGCUAGUGAGUGUCUUGAUGUCAGGGACACUUGACAAGUUGGGACAUGACUUCCCAGAGACCCCAGUAAGUGUGAAACACAGCAGACUCAGACCUGCUUUGGAGAAGGCACACUCGCCAGCUUUCAAGUCUACCUUCUGCAUCCAGCAACCGAAAAAGUUCUGAAGUAACACUUGUUGAAGUUGCCUGAAGGAAACAUGUGAUGUCAACUGUGAAAGACUAGCAGGAAGGUUUAGUUACAUGCAUGAGAGGACCAACAUGAGAAGUCAGAAAAUAUUUGAAUGUUUAGUGCUCUAGAAUCCAUUCAUCUACUUUGAAUUGGUUGCACUUUGUAACUGCUUUUAGGUGAGAAAGUGGGGCUUUGUCGAUAUGGGUGGUGUUCUGCUUACUACAAACCAGCAUUUACUGUGCCUUUUUUUUAUUAAUGAGUGUAUGCAAGUGAACUAAAACGCACAUGGUGGGGAUUUUGGAAUUGGUAUGUUGCAUAAGAGGGUAUAAGAUGGAUGUCUGACUGUUUCAUCCGUGUCUGUUUCUCAUAGUGAAAAGCUUAGCAUUUGUUUACGGCUUGAAUAAAAAAAAAAAAAGUUGCAUGGCGUUAGAA